AUGUGUCUCCAUUCGCGGCAGCACAAAAGGAAGCAUACCACCCCAGCGACACAGGACGAGACCUUGCCGGUCUGGACCCCCAAUAUGCAGGGCACCCUAAUCCGGCUCCCUACAGCCAACGUUGCAAAACCGAAGACCGGAGCAGGCUCCCACGGCGAAGACACCACAUCCAGGGGCUCCAAAAGAGUCACUCUCAGCGGCAACAUCCAGGCCUUCCCAACACUGGGAGUAGGCUGA